ACAAAGUGGCGUGUUGAAAGUCAUGAAAAGCAUAGCACCCAGCCCUGAACAAGAUAAAAUCUCAAGUUUGACGGAACUCCUCCAGCCAAAUGUUUCUUGCCAUGGAGAUGAACUCACCAGACAAUUAGUGCCAGAUCAACUGGAUAGCAUUCUGGAACGCAGAGCGAAUGAGUACAAGCAACACCAACUCAGGAGGAAGACACAUGCAGAUAUUAUUAUCGCCCCGGCCAACUCUCCUCUCCAAUAUCCAAUUACAGGUUUCAAGGUAGCUCCUCUGAAGAAAAGUAUGAUACCAGGUCUUGCUCUUCAAACACAAGGGAGAGGCAAGAGUGAGGUGUACAAGGUGUCUUUGAGUGUGAAGAGUGGAGUGCUCUCAGUGGAGGAUGUUCUGGAUGGAGAUCAGGUGGAAGGACAGGGUCAAAGUAAUCUGACCAUCUCAUCCAACAACCUCACACAACUCAAUGAUCUGCUGUCCAGAGUGACCUACACCAGCACCAUCUACCACAUCAGGACAUCAGACUUGGUUCAUUUCUUUUUUGAGGACCAUGAGGCCAUGUUUCCAAUCAUGAUUAGGAGACCAUCAGUACCUGUUCUGUAUGACCCAGGAAAUGGUGAUCAGUUCUACUUCGUUCUGGAGUUUGAUGAGGGAGAUAUGACUGACGGCGGCUGCCUAAGGCGUAUUAGAGGGUUUCAUCAGCCACUUCCAGGCUAUGAUGGCUGCUUUCUAGUCGAUGGUGUCAUUAAUUAUUUCUUGGCCAGGACUGAUGCGGUGCGAAGUGUUGGCUUUGACCCGUUCCUGAAAAGAGUUGGUCACACCGAGUUCUUCAUUGACGGACUUGGAAAGCUGUUGGUUGCCUCCUGUAAAGGCCUUUCUGUUGGUCACCAGACACAUCGGGCACAGGACAAAUAUGACUCUUAUAGGAAUCAAGGGAAACUUGAUGAAGUGAGAAAACUGCUUCACCAUUUCUUUAAGAACUAUCUUAACUACAUCAAGUACUGA